AUGCUGCCCACUGAAUCUCUCGGAUGGAUCGGCUUUCAAGCACUGAAAGUGCGUUUGGCAGGCCGCCUUGCGGGACUCACGAGGCGUGGAGCAGACGUGGGUCGGCCUACCAGAUACCAAAACGACAUGGAUCUCUUGGACUGCGACCUUCGUGAUAUCUUCAAGACGGCUACCUUGGAUAUCGACCUCUUAAGUGAGGACUUCAAGGAUUUAGAGGAGAGAGCACAAGACCUUCUGAUAUCACUUAAUGAUAUGGUGAAUGAGGAUGUAGUUUACUCAAAAGCCUCUGCUUCCAAUGGCUCUCACGACAUUACGAAGAUAAUGAGUAUAUACCCGAAACUGUCGGCACUGAUGCUUUACCUCGAUGCAUCUGACUACAAGCAAUUUAGCUUAAUAGCCCGAUCGGAUACGUCACAGAGUUGGCUGGGAACUGGAAUAUCCCAGUCCCCAAUGCAAAUAGGUGCGAUAAAGCCGACAGAACAAAAGCUCAACAUGGUCCACAACCCAGUAGGCACUGUCAUGGACGCCAUUCUAAAAGAGUUUGAACAAACACAUUGCGGUAUAAGCCAUGAAGUGAAGCUGAGGGUUUUGGAGGAAUUAAAUACCAGCCCGUAUCAGCCAAAACUCGAAAUGUUACUGUCUUGCUGCCAAUCUGAGCGUGAUUGGCAAGAGGCUGUAUGCGAUUCAUUCCAACAUCCUAUGAGCACAGAAAAGAAGAAUGAUAUUUGCGUUGCUAUCCACAAAACCUGGAAACGGCGGACGAAACUUCGCCUUUUCGUUGACCAGCGGGGGCUCUUUGACGUUACCGAUGAAGGGCCGCCAAUAUCAACGUAUGACCAUACAGAAGAGGCGCUCAAUUUAUUACUCGACAAGAAUGCAUUUCGUCCUAUCACCCCUGGAGCCUAUCUCAGAGGGAUUGUCAUAGAAAGAUUUGACCAUCGAGAAAAGACGGCUUUGGCUCUAGCUCUGGCAAGAUGUUUAAUGGUUUUCUUCGAUAGGAGCCUUGAGCGAGCUUCAUGUAACUGGUCAGCGGAAAACAUUUUUUUCAUGCGCUCUUCUCGUCCAUACGGAGAACCUCCACGCUGGCAUAUUUUGGUAGGGUCUCAAUCCCCCAGCUUCAAUUAUCCAGGCUUCUUUCAUAGAAUUGUUCCUGGCAAUCCGGUCUUGUUAUCCUUUGCCAAGCUAUUAUUAGAGAUUAUCAAUGGCGAAAAGAUACCUCUUGAAAUUGACCUACAGAAUAUUAAUAAGAACAUCGGUAAUUGGGCUCGAAUGUGUAGCUACGUGGAGGAGGCACGACAGGAUGGAAACAGCUUCUACCUCCAAGCUGUGCAGGGCUGUUUAUACCUUCAUAUGCAUAUGCAGAAAGACGAUGACUUACAAACUACCAAUUCAUCUGGCGCCGCCAUGAGAGAGGUCAUUUACGAGCAGAUCGUCCGAAACCUUGAGAAAGAGCUGAAUCCUGAUGGACUUAAGCGGAAACGGCGAGGGUCUUUUUCUGAACGCCCUAAUCUUAAGAGACUGCAUACAGAUGAACCUUUUGAAUCAAAUGAUCGACAAUUAGAGGGUCUGGACGAAAGAUAUACUCAAAGUGCUCUUGCUAUCUUACCAUCUCAGAGAGAGACGAAUGCUUCUCGGGUGACUCGCCAUAUUGGCGCAAACAGCGUCUUUAGCUACGAUGGCGCAGAAAGACCUUCACAAAAGUCUCUGCGUUCAAUGACUACAACCACAACUGUAGCGACUUCAGCCCCGCCAAGACGUGAAGACUUCAACGUAGCCGUUAUAUGCGCCAUUGCCACAGAAUACAACGCUGUUUGUCAAAUAUGUGAUGAGUUCUGGGACGAAGAAGGAGAUCAAUAUGGAAGAGCAGAAGGAGACCUCAACACUUAUACCACUGGUCGCAUCGGCAAGCACAAUGUUGUCCUGAUUCUUCUUCCACACAUGGGAAAAUCUAAUGCUGCUGCCGCAGCCGCUAGCUUUAGGUCAAGCUACACACAUGUGGAGUUGGCGCUCCUUGUAGGCGUCUGUGGAGGUGUGCCUCGAGUUGGAGGCUUUGAAGAAGAUGAGAUCCUCCUGGGCGAUGUUGUGAUUAGCAGGGCUGUUGUUCAAUAUGACUUUGGCAGAAAAUACCCUGAAAAGUUUAUCCGCAAGAACACAUUCGAAGACAACUUGGGCAAAGCGACAAAGAACAUCCAAAGCCUACUUAAAAACUUUGAGACCGACCGAGGUAUAAGCUUACUUCAGAGCCAGACAGCUCAAUUCCUUAUACAGCUACAGAAUAAACGAACAGGUAGGAAGAACAGGUUGCUUAACAAGUACCGAUAUCCUGGGACGACCAAAGACAGAUUAUUCAGAUCGGAUUAUCGCCACAUGCACCGCGGUUUUUAUGGUUACUGCUGCAACAUUUGUGACGGCAGUUCCGGCGCAGUAUGUGAGGUCGCUCUGAACGCCACUUGCGAGGAGUUGGGAUGUGAAGAGCAUUACUUUGUUGAGAGAGAACGCCUUCAAGAGAAGCAAGAGCUCGAAUUGAACAGUUCCGAGGAAGCUCAAGCACCAUCGAUCCAUCUCGGCGCUGUUGCGUCGGGUGAUACGGUAUUGAAAUCGGGAAGAGACCGCGAUGAGAUUGCGCAAAAUGAGGGCGUUAUUGCUUUUGAGAUGGAAGCAGCAGGCAUCUGGGGAGAGAUUCCCUGUAUCAUUGUCAAAGGCGUUUGUGACUACGCGGAUUCUCAUAAGAAUAAGAAGUGGCAAGACUUUGCGGCUGCGACGGCGGCGGCCGCUGCGAAAGCUCUUUUACAUAGAUACCCGAAGACAGAAAAGAGUCAGACAUGGGCGGUAGCAUGA